GCGCAGUGUACGCUUGUCCAUAUAAUCGUUCAUACGUCUCGCUCGGGCAGAACUGGUAAUGGGUUGGAACAAAUAACUCUUUCGAUCAAAUAAACGAAGAAGAAGAAGAAGAAGAAGAAGAUAAAAAAGAGAAAAUUUUGUUUAAACAAAGAUGGGAGACAGUGAAGACAUACCAGAGUCAACAGUUCAUAACAUAUUGGAACAAGAAACCCUCAAGUGGGUUUUCGUUGGUGGCAAAGGAGGUGUGGGUAAGACCACUUGUAGCUCCAUUAUUUCCAUGCUCUUGGCUCGGGUCCGACCCUCUGUCUUGAUUAUCUCCACCGAUCCUGCUCAUAAUCUCAGCGAUGCUUUUCAACAGAGAUUCACAAAGAUUCCCACUUUGGUUUAUGGCUUCAAGAAUUUAUAUGCCAUGGAGGUGGAUCCUACCGUGGAAAAUGAUGAUUUUGGAGCCGAAGGAAUGGAUAGUUUGUUUUCUGAUUUGGCUAAUGCAAUUCCAGGAAUCGAUGAGGCAAUGAGCUUUGGGGAGAUGCUCAAAUUGGUGCAGACUAUGGAUUAUUCGUGCAUCGUAUUCGACACCGCCCCAACCGGACAUACGCUUCGGCUUUUACAGUUUCCGGCUACCCUAGAGAAGGGACUUGAAAAAAUGAUGUCGCUGAAAAACAAAUUUGGUGGUUUAUUGAGUCAGAUGACCCGUAUUUUCGGGAUUGAAGAUGAAUUCGGGGAGGAUGCAAUUGUGGGGAGGCUUGAAGGCAUGAAAAAUGUGAUUGAACAAGUUAAUAAGCAGUUCAAAGACCCUGACUUGACAACCUUCGUCUGCGUUUGCAUUCCGGAGUUCCUCUCUCUGUACGAAACGGAACGAUUGGUGCAGGAACUCACCAAGUUCGAGAUAGAUACACAUAAUAUCAUCAUCAACCAAGUACUUUUUGAUGAUGAAGAUGUCGAGUCAAAGCUAUUAAAAGCUCGGAUGCGGAUGCAACAAAAGUAUCUGGAUCAGUUUUUCAUGUUAUAUGAUGACUUUCAUAUCACUAAGCUGCCACUGCUGCCUGAUGAGGUUACCGGGGUUGCGGCUCUGAAGAAGUUUUCUCGCCAUUUUAUUACACCAUAUGAACCAGCCCCAAAGGGAACAGUGGAAGAGCUACAGCAAAGACUGUCACGGUUGAAGGAACAGUUGGUCGAGGCUGAAGCCGAACUCGAGAAACUCUGAAAAAGGAAAGAAGAAGACAGAAAAGGU